AAGUACUGAACUGGAUUAAUAUAUUAUGAGUAACUAGUAGAAGUAAAUCCAUUGAGGAAGGAUGAUCAAAGCUUAAGGAACUUGAUUGUUGUUCCAAGUAAUAUGACAAGGUUUAUUAGAGCUUACUACUGAAAAUAUGAUGUUGAAUAAGUCAGCUUAAGCAUGCAAUUGCUACCAACUCCAGCCUUGAUUUUCUUCUCUUGCUGUAAAUGCAAACUAGUUAGUUACCAACUCCAUCUUUCUCUACUCCAUUUUUUCUCCUUUUUCUUUUCUCUUUAGACCAUUCAAGAAAGUCCCUUCUAUAAAUACCCCAUAACCCCAUCUUGCAUCCCAUCAUAUUCACCCGGAUUUCAAAAGUUCUCUCUUCAUAUUUCUAACUGUUCUUGGAUAGUCUUGAAAAGCAAAGAAGAAAAUGGCUAAGUCUAAGAACUUUCUUCUACUCAUUUCUCUUCUUGCAUUUUUCCCACUUUGCUUCUCUAGUAAGACCAUUGGGGGCUACCUUUAUCCUCAGUUUUAUGACCAUUCAUGCCCAAAAGCUCAGGAGAUUGUCAAGUCCAUAGUAGCCAAAGCUGUCGCGAAAGAAGCUCGCAUGGCAGCUUCGUUACUCAGGCUACAUUUCCAUGACUGUUUUGUUAAGGGCUGUGAUGCGUCGGUGUUGUUAGACGGUAGUGGCAGCAUAAUCACUGAGAAAAUCUCAAACCCAAAUCGGAAUUCUGCUCGUGGAUUUGAAGUUCUUGACGAGAUCAAGGAUGCUCUAGAGAAGGAGUGUCCUCAUACUGUAUCUUGUGCUGACAUUUUGACUUUAGCUGCUAGACAUUCUACAGUUCUUACUGGUGGACCUAGCUGGGAAGUCCCAUUAGGAAGAAGGGACUCGAGAGGUGCAAGCUUGAGUGGCUCCAACAAUGAUAUUCCUGCUCCAAACAACACCUUUGAAACCAUUCUAACCAAGUUCAAGCGUCAAGGACUUAACAUUGUUGAUCUUGUUGCUCUUUCUGGGAGUCACACAAUCGGAAAUGCUAGAUGCACCAGCUUCAGGCAGAGGCUCUACAACCAAACAGGCAAUGGAAGACCUGACUACACGAUUGACCAAUCAUUUGCUGCUCAGUUGCGUCGGCGUUGCCCAAGAUCCGGAGGUGACCAGAACCUGUUCUUCUUGGAUUUCGUUAGCCCAACAAAGUUUGACAACAGCUACUUCAAGAACUUGCUGGCUUAUAAGGGACUGUUGAACUCUGAUCAAGUUCUGUUGACAAAGAACCAGCAAGCUAUGGAGUUAGUGAAGCAAUAUGCUGAAAACCAGGAGCUUUUCUUCGUGCAAUUUGCCAAGUCUAUGAUUAAGAUGGGAAAUAUCUCUCCAUUGACAGGCUCAAGAGGAGAGAUCAGAAAGAACUGCAGGAAGAUAAACUCUUAAGAAGGAUUGUCUCUUACUAAAAUCCCAAUAUGCAG